UGGUAAAGAGGGAAAGUAGUCGCAUCGUAAAGUCGGAUAUGGUUGAAGCGUGCGUUGGCAACAAAAAUCCAAGUGUUUUAUAAUGUGUAAAUAAAAUGCCACGCAAGUUACUAAAAUUUUUAAUUCUCUUUGACAAUACAUCUUUGUUGUACUUCCCCGGACAGUUCUUAUCAGGACGAGUUCUCAUCGAACUUCAGGAUGACACGCCUGCACUCGGUCUACAUUUUCACGUGGUGGGGGAAGGAGUUGUGCGAGUUCGAAGUUCUCGCCAAGAGAGGGUGUACGACAGGGAAAAUUACAUAGAUUUUAGAAUGCGGUUGUUGGGCGAACCUGGACAAGGUCCUUCAGUAUUAUCUCCGGGAAUUCAUAGUUUCCCUUUCAAAUUGGGGCUUCCAUUGGGUCUACCUUCAACGUUCUUGGGAAAGCACGGAUGGGUGCAAUACUUCUGCAAGGCAGCUUUAAGGGAACCAAAUGGUCUAACCCACAAGAACCAACAAGUAUUCAUUGUGAUGAACCCCAUCGACCUGAAUUUAGAACCUUCAACACUGGGAAACAUUUCGGGACAGGAAACAUUUAGGUGCGAAGUUGAACAUAAGUUUGGAGUUAGUUGUGUUGGCUCAGGAUCGGUCGUCUGUAAAGUCACUCUUGAUAGAGGCGGAUAUGUUCCUGGGGAGAGUAUAGGUGUUACCGCCAGUAUUUAUAAUAGGAGCAGAGUAACAAUUAAGAGUACCAGGGCAGCUUUAACAGAAAGUAUAACUUAUAUGGCACGAGGCAAAGUCGUUCAAUCUGAAAAGAGAGAAUUGGCGUCUUUAGCAAGAGGGAAAAUCCGACCAGGAGAAAAAGACGAGUGGAUUAACGAACAACUUUACAUACCACCAUUACCACCGACAAAUCUCCGAGGUUGCCAUUUAAUUAAAGUCAAUUACGAUGUUUACUUCAUAAUAGAACCGAAGAAUCUUCAAAAGGAAGUUAAACUCCAAUUACCGAUUGUGAUGGCGACUUAUCCAUUGCGAUCUGAAGAUGACAAUAGUGCCUACAAGUCGGGAACACAUUACCCCUCUACCCUACCCAUAUUCAGGCCUUGGCUUGAAGAUAAACCAACAAUCGAUUGACAUUUACAAUAAGUUAGAUAUUUAAUAAUGUAUUCACGUGCCAAUAUAGGUAUAACAUCUAUUUUAUCAUAAAUAUUACUGAUAUUUUAACUUGUACAAAUUGUGCUUUGUUUGGAAAUAAAAUAUAUAAAUAUU